UCGAAGUGUUAUUGUGCGCGGUCGGUGAGGCUCAUCGGAAAACCAACGCAAUGGUUCGCAUACAGUACAUCGGGCACCCUUCGAAGCUAUAUGGAAAACACCUGAUGAAGAUUCUCGCGAAUCUGAAAGACUUCGGAGUCGGUCGAAUGUUUGUCCGUGGCAUCUACGCGAACGAGGAGGUCCCGACAUUCUACAUCGUGAAAAAAGUCAAACCAGCGAUGGACCCGGACCUGAUCUGGGGCGAUGUGCAUGCUCAAACGUAUUUUCGCGGCGUCGAUAAAGGAGUCAGUGUGAUCAAGAGCCACCUGCCAGACUUCCGGCUCGUGCACAAGGAGGAUGAAGAGAAAUACUUCGCCGCUGUGAUCAAAGAUCCCGUCAUUACGAUUCUUCCGAGAGAGAUGGAGUGCUCACCUCUUCUGAAAAUGCUCAUCAAGAGAGACGCGGAGAGCCGAGGAGAAACCUUCGAUCCGAACACGAAGCUUCCAUGCUCGUAUCCUGCGCAAGAGAUGGACGGAAAACGAGUGGCUGAGCCCGGGGAGAAACCUUCGUUCGAGUUCGACAAAGACUCGUGUCCGCUCGAGCAUGAGGAGUUGAGACGCGGUAUAAAAUUCGAUAUUUAG